GCCCCGCCCCGCUCGCCCGGCGUCGCGGAGCGGCGGAGUCAAGAUGGAGGAGUACGCGCGCGAGCCUUGCCCCUGGCGCAUUGUGGACGACUGUGGUGGGGCCUUUACGAUGGGAACCAUAGGUGGCGGGAUCUUUCAAGCAAUCAAAGGUUUUCGCAAUUCUCCGGUGGGAGUAAACCACAGACUGCGAGGGAGUCUGACAGCCGUUAGAACCAGGGCCCCACAGUUGGGAGGUAGCUUUGCAGUUUGGGGAGGUCUGUUUUCCAUGAUUGACUGCAGUAUGGUUCAAGUCAGAGGGAAAGAAGAUCCCUGGAACUCCAUCACGAGUGGUGCCUUAACAGGAGCCAUCCUGGCAGCAAGAAACGGACCAGUGGCCAUGGUUGGGUCAGCCGCGAUGGGUGGCAUUCUGCUAGCUCUCAUUGAAGGAGCUGGUAUCUUGUUGACAAGAUUUGCCUCUGCCCAGUUUCCCAACGGUCCUCCGUUUGCUGAAGACCCCUCCCAGUUGCCUUCGGCCCAGUUACCAUCCUCACCUUUCGGGGACUAUCAACAAUACCAGUAGGACCUCUCUCCCAGGACUUCUGUAACAGAAUGAGCUGCGGUUCAAGGAAGGAUUUCAGAAGGUCAAAUUCAGUCUGUUUUUAAAACUGUAGGUGGGACAACUAUGGCCAAAUAGGCUGUGAAGAGACAUUUAGCACAUUUUUCUAUUUAAAGGAACGUGGGGGGUGGGGGAGGGUCUUAAAAGAUAAUACAUUUAUUUAUUCACACUUGGAUUGUGUUUGUGAUCAAAAUAAAUGUCUGAAAUCUUUAGAAGGAAAAACAGUAAGUGCUUGGAAGAUGAAGGACCAGUGGCAAACAGCAAUGAAGCAUGACCAUCAUUUCCUUGGGGACCUCUCUGCCUGGUUUUGUUCUGUUAAACAAUAAAAAACGCCAGGAGAUUGCUCUUUCUAUUAAGAUAAGUUGCAGAGUUCUACUUUUCGUCCUUGAAUUCAAAUAAUGCAGAGUCCAUUGAAAGUUGCACGUGGUGCAGUCAUCAAGGAUUGGUCCACAGCAAACACUUCUGGGCUGGAAGGCUGCGGGAAAGUGCUUAGCCUUCUCCUUGCAAGUAAAAAAAUAUGCCACGUCUUGAUUUUGAGGGUGUCGGAUACAAAACUCUCUUCACCUCUGAAGCUACUGUGUCUUGAUUCUUAAUCAUCAGAAAAGCUUCCUUCCGGUAUACCCAGUUCUGUAUGAGAAGGUUCCUGGAGGGCAUAAUAGCCCUGGAAAAGUUUGGCAUUUAUGGUAUGCUGGAAAGUAAAAUACAUGCUGUUUUUAA